CAUCUUCAUCAUCAUCAUCAUCAGCAGCAGCAGCAUUCAGUUCUCAGUGACGCACCGUCAGAGACAGUCGUGUUUGCUCGUUGUUCGAUAGUUUUUCAACUUAUCGUCUACGUGUUAUUUAGCAUUAUGGGAGAUUCUUUUGCACACAAGAGUUACUCCCCAGCUCUGGUUAAAGACUCAGAGACUUAUAUUUGCAUGGAACAACCGCAUUUGUCAGAGAAUCGUGGUUUAGUUUCAGCAACCAAACGGAAAGCCGUUUCAGACCCUGGACCUCCUACAAAAAGGUUUAAGGUUUCUGAUAAAGGUAGACUCGCUGAAAACAACCAGGACAUUAUAGGAAUUGACAAAUUCACAAAGAAAUCCAUUUCCUUUGAUGGUAAGGGAUCUGAAAAUCCAGACAAGGAAUGCAGAUAUUUGGUUCCUGAGAAAGGAUCGUCCUCUGCCAAAAGGAAAGCUGUUUUUCAUCACGAACCUCCCACAAAACGGUCUAGGGUUUCAGGUGAAGGCAGUGUCUCCAGAAAUAACCUGGAUGAGACAAUCAGAGUCUCGAAGAGGUCACGCUCCCCAGAUGGUGAUGGAUCUGGAAGUCCAGCAAAGAGAAUCAGAAUGUCUGAUUCUGAGAGUCCCGCGCCAUCGGCCAAAGAUCAGUUUGAGGCAAAAUACGAGCAAAAAGAUCUGCUCGGAAGGGGAGGCUGUGGAUCUGUUUAUGGUGGCUACCGCAGGGCGGACAAUUUACCUGUGGCAAUCAAACAUAUACCAAAGGAAAAUGUAGUCUGGACAGAUACGGACGAGAUCGGCCAGCGGCUCACCAUUGAGGUAGCCGCCAUGCUAAAACUCCAGACAGAAUCAGCCGAUUCGGUGGGGAAGUCCGCCCCAAUUUCCCUCCUGGACUGGUACGACUUCGACCAGGAACAAAUUCUAGUGUUGGAGAGACCGGUGCCUGCAGUGGACCUCUCACAGUUUAUUGAAAAUAACAAAGAGCCCCUACAGGAGAAUCAGGCUAAAACUAUUAUAAAACAGCUGGUUGAUGCCGUCAAACAUCUGGAGGACACCAACAUCUUCCACAGAGACAUCAAACCAAAAAAUAUUCUGAUCGAAACAGGAUCAGAAAUCCCGCGACUGCGACUGAUUGACUUUGGACUGAGUUGUUUCACCGACACAGAAUAUGAAGACGGCUGGUUCUACGGCACAGCGAAACACGCCCCUCCUGAGUAUAUUUCUGAAUGCGUUUAUGAGGCAGGACCAGCAACCGUGUGGCAGGUGGGAAUUGUUCUCUAUGAAAUGCUCCACGAAAGUUUCUUUGACUCAAGAAAGUUACUCGAUAACGAACUCAGAAUCAGGACGGAUCUCUCUACAGCAUGUAAGAGAUUCCUAAAGAGCUGUUUCUGUUUGAGCCCAGAGUGGCGUCCCACCUUAAAGGAGCUCCAGUGUCACCCUUGGCUUUUGUAAAACAGAAACUAGUCUUCAAAGCUCUGGACCCAAUUCUCCAGCUCUGGUUAAAGAUUCUGAGACUUAUAUUAGCAUGGAACAACCGCAUUUGUCAGGGAAUCGUGGUUUAGUUUCAGCAACCAAACGGAAAGCCGUUUCAGACCCUGGACCUCCCACAAAAAGGUUUAAGGUUUCUGAUGAAGGCAAACUCUCCGCAAACUACCCUAACAAUGUAUAAAUAGACAACUUCUCAAAGAGAAUCAUUUCCUUUGAUGGUGAGAGAUCUGAAACUCCAGACAAGGAAUGCUGAUUUUUGGUUCCUGAGAAUGGAUCGUCUUCUGCCAAAAGGAAAGCUGUUUUUUAUCACGAACCUCCCACAAAAGGGUCUAGGGUUUCAGGUGUAGAAAGCAGGUGUAACAUGUAUAAGAUAGAAAACUGAAACAUCAUAACUGCUGAUUGUUUCUUUCAGAUUAACUCAGCUUUUGUGUUUAGGACGUACCCUACAACCCUAACAUGUUCAACCAGGUAAGUACCCCAGUGGGUCGUGGCAGACGGCCACUCAUACUGAGCCAGGUUCUGCUGGAGGUUUCUUCCUGUUAAAGGGGAGUUUUCCUCUCCACUGUCGCUACACGCUUGCUUAGUAUGGGGAUUGCUGUAAAGUCACUGACUCGACUAGUCAGUGACUUUGCAGCAAUCAACUGGGUUUCCUUACAUAGAGACAUUCAACUAAUCAGAAUCAUGAACUCAAUCAAUUGUUCAAUAAUUUGCUUCAACUGGAGUGUUUGCACUUUAAAGUGCCUUGAGAGGAUUUGUUUUACAAAUUGGUAAUAUGUAAGUAAACUGAAUUAAGUUAAAUAAAGAUGGAGAAUAAAAUGUUAUCCAACUGAAAAAAAAA